AUGAAGCACAAGUACACCGACGACCACCACCCCGCGCGGGCCAUGUUCACACAACCGUUCGGCGUGUCCUGGCGGAAAGCACUGGUCAGUCUACCGCGGCUCGUGCCCGACUUUGUCCUCAACUUCACAUCGGCCGAAGGUCCACAGCCCAUCGUGUUCGACAUCCCGUCCCGGGGCAAGCACCUCAUCCCGCUCUACGUGUGGGUGCCGCCUCUGCGCAAGCACCACCGGCACGGCGACAAGAAUGCCGCAGGCUCGCACCUCAACGAGUCACUUCGUCCAAUGGGCAUCGACGACAACCACGCGGGCAAGUUGCCCGUCCUGAUCGACUUCCACGGCGGCAGCUUCAUCCUUGGCUCCUGCCAGGAGCAAGCACCCUUCUGCAGCCGGAUGUGCCGCGAACUGAACUGCGUGGUCAUCUCGGUCGACUACCGCCUCGGGCCCUACGCGCAGUACCCGGCCGCGAACCUCGACGCCGAGGACGUGGUCCUGGCCGUCACGGACCGGACCAACAAGGCGUACACGCCCUUGCGCGAGGGCAUCAUGUGGGCGAUGCUCAAGGAGGGACGCAACCCCUUGGAGCUGGACGACGCCAAGAUCGCGCUCUCGGGUUUCAGCUCCGGAGGCAACCUGGCGUUGAACCUCGUGCUGAGCGUCAAGGACGAUCCCACCCUGGAGACCGACUGGCUCAGUCCGCUGCAAUGGGACUGGCCGACCGAUAUCCCCGUGCUGCUAUUCUACCCCAGCCUGGACGCUCGACUGCUGCCCGACGAGCGGCCGCGGCCCGAGGGUCUCGAUCCGCCGACCGGCUUUGUCGAGCGCUGGCGCAUCGAGCGCGAGUUGAUGCCCACGUAUCUGCCGCCGGAGAAGAGAACCCACCCGCGAGCCAGUCCGGGGUUAGCGGAGAUCACGGUGGCGCAGGAGGGUGACAAAUUCGGACUCCAUCCGCGGGCGAAAGCACUCCUGGUCCUCCCGCAGUUCGACUCUCUGAACUCGCAGAGUCUGCUCUGGAUCCAGAAGGUGCAUGACCAGGGAAGAGGUGCGGAUCUCUCGGUCGAGGAGGUCAAGGGCGUCGUGCAUGGCUGGACGCAGUUUCCUGAUUCGUGGAUCAGCGAGGAGCACCGGAAGCUGAAAGUCGAGGCAUUCGCGAGGGCGAGGGCGUUUUUGUUCGAGUGGUGGCAUCUAGACAGAGAGAAGGGGGACGACGUCCAGGUCGAGGUUGCAGCGAACAAGGGAGACGACGUCCAAGUUGAUGUUGUAGGCGACAAGGAGUGA